AUGAAUAAAAGAUAUAUUACGAUUACUUUGAUGCUUUUAAGUCUAGCAGGAUAUAUGCAAAAUGUAGCACUUGAAAUAGAAACUGAUGCAGAUGGUGCUAAGAAUGCCACCUCCUCCCUCCAAAAAGUUGAUAUACUUGAGGAAUACACAGAUAUAGUAUGUGACGACUUAAGAGAAAUUUCAAUGGCAAUGGAUCAUGCAAAUGAAUCAUCAACACUUUUACUAAAACUUGCUGAGAAUAUGGACGGCUACUCGGUCGAUUCUACAGAAAAUGAAAACAAAAUUAUAUAUUCUAAGAAAAUUGGAAAUAUGGAUAUUGGAAGGUUUCAUGUUACUAUCCCAUCUGCCUAUAAGUACUCUGACGUAGUAGAGAAAAUCUGGGAUUACAAUGAUAAACAAAAAUCGGAUCCCAAUUUUAUUAAUGGAUAUCUUACUCGUGUAUAUACCCCAUUUUUAAUAGUAAUGGAACAAUCUAAAAUAAAUCAAGAGAAUAGACCCCUCAGAAAAAAAUAUUCUGUAGCCGCAAAAGUUAAACUAUCAAAUGACACGACUGUAAUUGUCUGUCCUACAAGAACUAUAAAUUUUAUCGGUGCGAUCAAUAAAAAAACAAAUUUGAAAGAUUUUUUAGAAAAUACAAAACCAAUCCAAACUGACAUUGGUGGUGAGGAAGCAUUAAUCAAAUUGGCUUCUAACAUAGCCGGAUAUAUAAUUAAACACCGUGGCAAUAACGUUGAAGUUACUUAUAUCAAUGCUAUUUAUAACAGUGGUAAUUCUACCAACUUUGACGACGAUAAAAGCUAUAGAGAUAUUAUAUAUACAAAUAUUCAAAGAUUAGCACAACGCAUGUAA